AUGGGCUUUAAUUACGAUAGAGUAACAGCUUCUAAAUGGACAAAAUUAUUUGUUCUAGUGUCAAUUCUACAACUUAUUGUAAUUGUUGCAUUGGAGACAAAUGUACUUACUCGUAAUGUUAGAUUUGUUAAAGUAUUGAUAUCAAAACAGGAUCCUGGAGCCUCCUGUGAAUUAAAGCCUUCGAUUAGUCGAAUGCAACUUAUUUUACAAGAAAAUGUUGUUUUCAUGAUAUUUCAAAUAUUUCAACUAUGGUUCUGUGUAGAUGCG